AAGUUUUUUCUGCUGUGCCUGAACUGAUGUCAUUUCCCCCUUGGCAGACAGCUUCGGCUUUGCUGCGUCUGAGAUAUGUCACGAGAAGGGGGGAGCCAGGCGGCGUGAGUAGCAGGAGAGCAGGAGGGAGCUGCCUGCUCGGUCCCAGGACUCUGUUUACUUUCUCUCCUUUGCUAAGGAAGGCGAGCACAGGCCCACCAGGGGCAAUGCUCAUUCCAAGACCUUAACUUUUAAAAGCCCUUUGUUCCAAACGUUAGUGUGGAUGAUGCUCUGGCAGGAUGCCUUUCCUUUUGGGUCUUAGACAGGAUAAGGAAGCCUGUGUGGGCACCAACAAUCAAAGCUACAUCUGUGACACAGGACACUGCUGUGGACAGUCUCAGUGCUGCAACUACUACUAUGAACUCUGGUGGUUCUGGCUAGUGUGGACCAUCAUCAUCAUCCUGAGCUGCUGCUGCGUCUGUCACCACCGCCGAGCCAAGCACCGCCUUCAGGCCCAGCAGCGGCAACAUGAAAUCAACCUGAUCGCCUACCGGGAAGCCCACAAUUACUCAGCGCUGCCAUUUUAUUUCAGGUUUUUGCCAAACUAUUUACUACCUCCUUAUGAGGAAGUGGUGAACCGACCUCCAACUCCUCCCCCACCAUACAGUGCCUUCCAGCUACAGCAGCAGCAGUUGCCUCCACCGUGUGGCCCUGCAGGGGGAAGCCCCCCAGGCGCUGAUCCCACCAGGGCUUCCCCAGGGGCACAGAGCAGCCCCUUGUCUGGGCCCAGCAGAAGCAGCACAAGACCCCCAAGCAUCGCUGACCCUGAGCCCUCUGACCUGCCAGCUGACCAAGCAGCCACCAAAGCCCCUGGAAUGGAGCCCAGUGGCUCCGUGGCUGGCCUGGGGGAGCUGGACCCAGGGCCCUUCCUGGCCAAGGAUUCAGAAUGUAAGGAGGAGCUGCUGAAAGAUGACGGCUCUGAGCAUGGCAGUGCACUCCCCGACAGCAAAGACAAGACUCCUGGGAGACAUCGCCGCUUUACAGGUGACUCGGGCAUCGAAGUGUGCGUGUGCAACCGAGGCCACCACGAUGAUGACCUCAAAGAGUUCAACACGCUCAUCGAUGAUGCUCUGGAUGGGCCCCUGGACUUCUGUGACAGCUGCCAUGUGCGGCCUCCUGGUGACGAGGAGGAAGGCCUCUGCCAGCCCUCCGAGGAGCAGGCUCGAGAGCCUGGGCACCCCCACCUGCCACGGCCGCCCGCAUGCCUGCUGCUGAACACCAUCAACGAGCAGGACUCGCCAAACUCCCAGAGCAGCAGCUCCCCCAGCUAGAGCAGGCCCUGCCUGUACUCAAGAACUUGGCCAAGCAAUCAGGGUUGGGGAGAACCACAAGAGAAGCAUUAAGUGACUUUCAGAGAAAGUGGUACAGCCACUUCGUUCCUUUUUUUUUCCUUCUUCUUCUUUUCUUCUCUCCUGCGUUUUCCUACAUCUCCAGGUACAGUUUGGGGUGUAGAUGUCUCUUCCCCCACAAAAGCACAGUGUUGUGGAGGGCUGAGAAGUUGGUUCUGUGACUCAUUCCUCAUCGCCACACCCACCCCUCUUUUUAAGUCAUAUCUCACUACCUGUUUGGGUCAGAGAGAUGUGUAUUUUAAAAGGCCCCAGUGGCGGAGGCUGGGCCUGUGCCCUGAGAUGAUUCUUGGUGAUGGAGUGGAUUUAUGCUCUGAUUUUAGUUUAAGAGAACUUCGUUGUGUCUUAGCCCAGGAGAGGCAGCCCAUCUUGGGCCUGGGUGAAGAAGGAAGCCCACAGAGGCCCAGGGUUUGUUGCCUGUGGCUGCCAGGGUCUGCAGAGCCAGAAUUGGGCUGAUGCUGUGGGACGACAAGAGCUGAUGGGCAGUCGAUGGCAGACUGGUAGGGGACUUGUUGAUCUCUCAAAUUCCAGGUGACAAGCUAGAUGCACCCUGUGCAUCCUUGACGGGCCCCUUCCCAGCAGGCUCUCACCGGCCGCAGUCUGGUUCAGGUGUAGAAGAUUAUACCACCUUCUCUUUGGUUUUUCUUUUAAAAACAAACAACAAAAGAGCCGAAAACAAGAAUGUUACCAGUGGGCACGCGAGAAUUGUCUUCUGGAAGAGGAAAAUUUGUGGCUCUUUCCCAAGUUGGCCUUCAAAGAUCCCGGCUGCGUUUGAGCCAGAGGGGAGAUAUUUUGUGUGAAGGCUUGGGUGGGGGCUAUCUUGGGGACUUCUGUGAGCAGGAGGCACCAGUGGCUGUGGGGAGAGGUGCAGCUUUCUGCGUCUGUGCCCACCAGUGACCAGCGUCAGCAGGGAACGUGCUCUGCUGUCUGCAUGUCCCACUGUUGAUGUGAACAGACGGACCGAGGAAGCUGUGGGGCCUGAGGAAGGGCAGCCCCACCGCCUGGCUCUCACACAGUAUUUCGUCUCUGAUCUGAAUAAGUUUUUUUUUUUUUUUUUUUUUUUGGUGUGUGUGGGGGGGUUGUUGUUUGUUUUAAAUGACCACUUGGAAGAAAUACCUUAGUUAUCUGUGGUUUUCCUGCCCUGUCCUGCCCCCACCACUUUGGAGUGGGGGACUCAUUUUUCCGUAGUCUAUGUGAAGAGUCUGAGCAGCCCAGGUGGGAGGUGAGAGCGGCCGUCCAGAAGGCCGCAGGAUCCUGGGGACUAUGUUUGGCUUCAGGUGACCAGUUGAGCUCGGUUAGGAAUAAUCCGAAUGGAGAAAGGCAACAGCCGAAACUAACAUUCCCCAUCCAGCCCUAUUCACGUGAAGAGUUUGGUUCUUUCCCCACUCUCGAAUGAUGACAUUCAGGCAAGGCAUUGAUGUUAUGGUAAGAAAGGAAGAAAAAAUAUAUACAUAUAUAUAUAUCUCCAAAAACAGGCAAAUCCAAGGCUGUGAGGUGAACAGCGUCUGCGUUUGGAUUCCACAAAACCAAAAUCCAUGUUGAACAAAGUGAAGUCCAUACACAGUGACUUUUUAGGUGACGUGUGUGCGUUUGUGUGUGUGUGUGUGUACGUGUGUGUCCGUUGUGUGCGAGCCCCGAGCCCUGUUUUCCUGUGAAGAUACUUUGAGUGGCAGCCAUUCUGUUCACGUGACCCACACGUCUGGAGCACAGAUGGCCCUCUCAAGGUAAUUUAUUUUACACAUUUACUGUUUACUGAACAAAUGUCUGACUCUGUACUCGGGUGUAUUCAGUAGCAUUGUCAACGGCAGUCCCCCUUUGUUUGCCAGAUACUGUGCUUGAAGUAGAGGUUUUACUCUACUCAUCACUGCAAUUUGCACAUUGCUCCACGGACACUCGGAGGCCUGUGUUCUGUUCCCUGUCAGUGGAAACGUGCUCUGAGCCUGUCUGCCUCCCUUGGCUGCUCCUGGCCCUCGGUAUCAGCCUCCCGGGGUGUCCACAACCACUUGGGACAGAAGGUGAAGGUGGAAUUUCAGACAGAAGCUUGAUUGGAUCUUCAGUGACAAGCUUGCACUACCUGUGGCCCAGACAUCGGCCCUGCCCAGAAUUGCCAGGAGGAGGCUUUGGGGGACACCACAGGUACCGCCGGGCUUACCUCCCUCUGCUGAGUCCAGCGGACACAAGCGAGCAAGCUGGUGUGUGGCCGGAGUAGGCCAGAGUGCGUCAGCAACCCUCAGAUGCCUUCCCUUCCACCCUUUUAAAAAAAGAAAAUCCAAGUAACUCGCUGAAGUGUCUCAGAGGAGAACAAGUUUUACCAAAAUGAAUUCUCCUUCAGUUAACUGAUCAAAUGGAUGAACUCUGACCCUCUCAAGUUUCUUUCUCCAAUUGGAACUGGGGGUGCGGUCCGAGUAUCAGCUGUUGGAUUCACUGCAGCGUCCUACCCUAAAGGCAAGAGAAGACAAAAUACAACCUGCAGGGCUGGGCUUGAUUCCGGAGGCACAGUCUGGCCCCUGCUAGGAGAGACUGCCCUGCUCAGAAAGACGGAAAUAGGGGGUUGAAGGAAUAGCAGGGGGGCCAGGGAGAUUUGAUUGAGUCUGGUUUUCCAGGUGAAUGAGAAGGAAGGGGUUGGUCGAGGGUUUGGUGCUACAGUCGGAAGAUUUGCAAAUGCUAACACAUUCCUGUGUGAGGCGCAUCACCAUUUGUCAGUUGUUGUGAAUAUGUGUAUUUUAAGCAAUAAGAUUCAGCUGGUCAGACUUUUCUGGGCAGUUUCGGUGACGCAUUUCCUGUGCUGUGAUUGUUCUGAAGACAGAGUGGCUCUAACCACUGUGAGAAGCCCAAAUAAAAAUCGAUCCCCAAAAUUCUAA